AUGUCCGACAAGCAGCAGCAACCCCUCCCCUUCAUCUACCAAUUCGCCGCCGGUGCGGUGGCUGGUGUGUCUGAGAUUCUGAUGAUGUACCCAUUGGACGUCGUCAAGACACGCGUUCAGCUUCAGACCGGUACCGCCGUCGCAGGCGCUGAGCACUACAAUGGCAUGUUCGACUGCUUCAGCAAGAUUGUCAAGAACGAAGGUUUCUCGCGCCUGUACCGCGGUAUCUCGGCCCCCAUCCUGAUGGAGGCGCCCAAGCGUGCGACCAAGUUCGCCGCCAACGACAGCUGGGGCAGUUUCUACCGGAACCUGUUCGCCGUCGAGAAGCAGACCCAGUCCCUAGCCAUCCUGACCGGUGCCACCGCCGGUGCGACGGAGGCCUUCGUGGUGGUUCCCUUCGAGCUUGUCAAGAUUCGUCUGCAGGAUAAGGCGUCGGCCGGCAAGUACAACGGCAUGCUGGACGUGGUGAAGAAGAUUGUUGCGCAGGAGGGCCCUCUGGCCAUGUACAACGGUCUGGAGUCCACACUGUGGCGCCACAUCCUGUGGAACGCGGGUUACUUCGGGUGUAUCUUCCAGGUGCGCGCGCAGCUGCCCCAGCCCGAGCCCGGCAACAAGAGCCAGCAGACCCGUAACGACCUGAUCGCCGGUACUGUCGGUGGUAUCGCCGGUACCCUCCUGAACACCCCCAUGGACGUCGUCAAGUCCCGUAUCCAGAACACUACCAAGGUGCCCGGCCAGACUCCCAAGUACAACUGGGCCUGGCCUGCCGUCGGCACCGUCAUGAAGGAGGAGGGCUUCGGCGCGCUGUACAAGGGCUUCAUUCCCAAGGUGCUGCGUCUCGGACCUGGUGGUGGUAUCCUGCUGGUCGUCUUUACCGGAGUGAUGGACUUCUUCCGUAAGAUGCGCGAGCAACAAUAA